UUAAAACCUCAGAAAUUAUUCUUAACCCCGGAGACGUAGAAUUAAUCCUCAUUUCAGUUUUUAGCCCGAUGCCGAAAUGCACUUGAUAGAACAGCGAUCAAGCCUUAGUAACUCUGUAAAAACAAUGCGGUGUUCGAAUCGUCAUUUAGGAGGACCAUUGGAACCUUCCCCCAAAAAAGUGUUGACUCGAAAAUCUUUAUCUUAUGCUGUAACCAUGUAUAGGUUGCUCGUGUUUAAAACACGGCUUUAAGAAAUAUAAUGUGGAGAGAUGACCCUUGCAGGUUCUGUCGUUCGUCAAGCUUGUACAACCUCUUUUAGUGCUUUAAGCAAUCAGACAUUGAUGAAUUUGGCGGAGAUCUUCAAGCAAGGAAACAAACUUGCAAUCUUGUAUGUUAAAUGUGCCAACCUGGAAGAUGCACAACAAGUGUUUAACGAAAUGCCACAACGAAACAGCUUGUCAUGGACUGUGAUAAUUGGAGGAGUUGCCAAGCAGGGGCAAUGGCACGAAACGCUUCGCUUGUUUCAUCAAAUGCGGGGUUUGGGUUUGCAGCCAAACAACUUCAUCAUUCCAAGUGUUCUUAAAGCGUGCGCCAACUUGAUGUCUCUGCAAGAGGGUAAAGAUAUCCAUGAUUAUAUCGUCAGAAACAAGUUAGAGAUAGAUCUCUUUGUAGCAAGUGCUCUUGUAGACAUGUAUGCCAAAUGUGGAAGUUUAGACUGCGCACGCCAAGUGUUCAACAAAAUGCCUCAUAGGGAUCUUGUUGCAUGGAACUCAAUGAUUUCAGGGUAUGCUCACAAUGGGCAAGAUGCAGAGGCACUUGAAAUAUUUAAUGAAAUGCAAAGGGAAGGUCUGAAGCCUGACUUGAUUACCUGGAAUGCAUUGAUUGCUGGGUAUUCCCAUACUGGAAAGACAGCUGAGGCCAUGAAACUCUUUAACCAAAUGCAAUCUGCAGGCAUGAAGCCCGACACGGUCUCAUGGACUGCACUAAUUCAAGGUUACACUCAAAGCGCCUGUUCUAACAAGGCUCUGGAGCUCUUUUGCCAAAUGCAACAAGCAGGCCUUAAACCCAACUCGGUCACCGUUGCCAGUGUUCUUCCUGCAUGUGCUAACUUAGUAGCUCUGGGGUAUAGCAGAGAAAUACAUUGUUAUAUGGCCAGGAAUGGUUUCGAUUCAGACGUCUUUGCUGGGAGUGCCCUUGUUGACACCUAUGGUAAAUGUGGGUGUUUAGGAGAUGCACACCGAUUGUUUGACAAAAUGCAUCAACGAAAUACAGUCUCAUGGAAUGCGAUAAUUUCAGCUUACACUAUGCAUGGACAUGGUGAGGGUGCCCUCAAGCUCUUUUACCAAAUGCAACACGAAAGCAUUAUGCCAGAUCACAUAACCUUUACUAGCAUCCUCUCUGCCUGCAGCCAUGCAGGUCUGGUGGAUGAAGGUUGGCAAUAUUUUGAACUUAUGAAGCAAGAACACAAUAUCUCACCCACUGUAGAACACUGUGCCUGUAUGGUAGACCUUCUUGGCCGAGCUGGCCACCUGAAAGAAGCAUACGAAUUCAUUAGUAAGAUGCAAGUGGAACCUGAUGCCUGCGUCUGGGGAGGAUUGCUGGGUGCCUGCAAAGUACAUGGAAAUGUAAAGCUAGGAGAGCGUGCUGCCCAACACCUUUUUGUGUUAGAACCCGAAAAUGCUGCAAAUUAUGUGUUGUUGUCCAACAUCUUUGCUGAGGCCGGCAAUUGGGUUGAGGAAGGAAAGGUAAGGAAGAUGAUGGAGAAAAGAGGGCUGAAGAAGAGGCCAGGAUGCAGCUGGGUGGAAGUUAAAAACAGAGUACACACAUUUAAAGUUGGAGACAAAUCACAUCCUCAAAUUGAAGAAAUCUACUCCAUGCUUCAAAGCUGGGCUGGGGAAAUGAAAGAGGCAGGGUAUGUUCCAGAUUCUAAUUUUGUGCUACAGGAUGUGGACGAUGAUGAGAAAGAACAUAUUCUAUGUGGUCAUAGUGAAAGAUUAGCCAUAGCUUUUGGAAUAAUCAGUACAUGCCAUGGAACACCCAUUCGGGUGAUUAAGAAUCUUCGUGUGUGUGGAGACUGUCAUACUUAUACUAAGUUUAUAUCUAAGCUAUCUAGAAGAGAAAUAUUUGUGAGAGAUGGUGUUCGUUUUCAUCAUUUUAGAGAUGGUGUGUGCUCUUGCAGGGAUUAUUGGUGAUGUUAGUUGAAUUAUUGUUAACUGAUGCUUUUGUUGAUGACUGAAGAGCUCUUCCUAUAAUCCUUAUUGGGAAGGUCAGUGAACUACCAUUGAUCUAUUUGAUUUGUUUCCUACUUAAGUCAGCUCUCACCCAAAAAAAAACCUAAAGUAAAUUCUUUCCUCCAAGUUCCCUGAUCGAACUAACUGGCAUACCACCUAAUUCCUAUGUUUCUUUCUAAUUUCAACUCUGAUAAGAUUCCAACCUAAUUUUUGCUUUCGUGAUUGUGUCUGCUACGUCGUCUUGUUUCAUAGAUGUUUUGAGUAGCAACUUCAAACUCCUCUAUCCACACACCGAUAUCAAACAUAUAAAUUCUAGUUCGAUUAUGUCUUUGUGUCUCCAUUUUUAGCAUCUAGUAUCCCUUAACUAAUAGCUCCUAAGCUCUUUCUUUCCUUUUAUAACUUCCCCCUACUUAAUACUCUUAGCAAUACCAAAAUCUUGCAUAUAGAUGCACAUGAAGCCCAUUUUAUUCUUAACUUCCACAAGCCCACAAGUGGUACUUGCAAUGGUUUGUUCAUGUUUUUGAUAGAUUUGACAGAUUCAUCUCUGAGUUGGAAGGUACUAAUAGAAAAGAAAAGUUCUUAUGAUAGAUUUGACAGAUUCAUCCGAGUUGGAAGGUACUAAUAGAAAAGAAAAGUUCAUUCUUAGCUACCACGAGGCCAUAUAAAACUAGGUAUGGGAGACUUAGGUAUGUCAUAGUCUCCCAUAGGUGGUACCUCCAGUGCUUUUGCUCAUGUUUCUAAUAGAUUAGACGAACUAAUCCUAGUGUUGGAAGUUGCCUUGAGGAAAGGUUUCUUUUAGGGUCUUAUAUACAUGUG